CAAGCAAGUCAUUUGGACUUUUGAGUCUGUGUGAUCCCGAGUUAAGAGCCAGACCUUCCAUGGUAUGGUGCACAGACACUGAACUGGAAAAAGAAAAGGCUUUGUGAUGUAUUUGGAAGAAAGUGAGCAGAGGGAUGCCUCCGGAGAAGCGACGCUACCGACUGACAGCAUGCUUACAGAGCAAUGCCAGGUUGCCAAGUUAACAGAAGAUAAUGGAAGUGCUGAACUUGAUGGUAAUGCCCUUGUAGAACUUUCUGAACAGCUGGUUGCCGAUCGAGAAGUUAGCCCUUCCAGACUUUGCAUGGAACAUUGUAACAACUACGAAGGUAAGGGAGACUCUGAGAGAGCUGACCAUUAUUCAGAAUUUGGCAGCAUUCUAGAAUGCGUCACAAUCCAUGAUAAGACUUUCAGGUUAAGCCAACCAUUAGAAGGAUGGUACUGGAGACCUUCCAGGACCUUUGAGCCCUGUGUUAAUCAUAGUUCAGCUCACAAUGGUAGUCCCUGCUACACAGAACAACAACAACACAUAUUCCAACAGCCUGAGCCCACCCAUCACUCGUUUGAGUAUUUGGACUUAGCGGUAUAUAAAUCAGACGUAAACUCUGAGCAGGGUGAAACCUGCAGUUGUACGUCUGAAUACAUAGAGCAGCUGGAGUUAUCACAACAAUACAAUCCCUCUGGUAUGCAGUACAAGUGCCUUGAAUGUGAGCCAGAAACAUCGACUAAAGACUGUGAGAAACACGAGAUGACUGGUUUCGUACCCGACGCUUCUGAGUCAGCGGAUGAAUCGGACUGUGAUACAGAACACAGUGAGUACGAUGACAUCCAAAAUCAAAGCAUGGCAGCAGAUGACAAUGAUGAGCGAGGGUAUUUGUCAGAUAGUAGGCAGGAAAGGGGCAGUGAUGACGAGCCUUGUACUGUCUCAGAAGACGUUAACUGCUUACAUCGAAGAGCACUUAUGCAAGUUUACUUUGAUGAAAAUGAGGGACUUAUCAGGGCCACAGAUCACUUGAACACAAGGGGAGAUGAAGACUUAAAUGAAACAAGUCAGACAUCAGAGCAGAACGACUCCGACAAGACAUUUGUAGGGUUCUUUAUGGAAGAAGACUCCUCAGAUGGCUCUUCUUCUGAGAGUAAAUCCUUCAAGACUUGUGCAGAUGAAUCCGAAAACAGCUUGGAUUCAUUAGGAUCCGAAUAUGAAAAAGAGACUCAGGAAUAUUCAAGUGAUGAGCAGACCCAGUGGGAAUCAUUUGAUGAUGAUGAAGAACAAUGCAACAUCACAGAGCGUGUUCACGAUGAAAAGAAAACAUCUAACUUUGUCCUUGAAGAUUACUUUGAUUUGUUUGAUAGAGGUGACUAUUAUGGUCCUAGUUUUACACAACCACAACAUUACAUCUCUUGCUUUGAUGGAGGAGACAUCCAUGAUUGCCUGUAUCGUGACCAACUAAAGGCCAAGAAACAACCACAAAAUGCGUAUAAUGUCCCAGAAAUGAAUCCACAAAUGAAUGACACAUGUUUUUACUCUUCAGAAAAAGAUCUUGGAGGUGUUUAUGGUUGUGAUUCAAGUCUGAGAAGUGAGUCAGAGGCCCGACCAGAAAAAUGCAAAGCAGAACAUGAACUUGAUGGUGAUAGUUAUGAGGAGACUAAUGUAAAUGGUGCCCAAACUUGUAAUGUUACGGAAUUAAUGAAUGUACCAUAUGUUCAAAACAUCCUUAUCAAAGGUGACACAUCUGAUGAUAUUUCGAGAGUGGAAACUGACAACAAAGAGCCUAGCAAAGAACCACCUAACAUAUCUUACUCCCAGGAAGCUAUGUUCCGUGCCUGUUCCGAGAAGGAGUCAUAUUGGUCACUGAGGGAACGUGAACAUGAGACUCUUGAAUUGAUUGAGGAAUACUACACAUCUCAAAUUAAAAGCCUUCAGAUGACAGCAAAACAAUCCUUGAAUGGCUUUGUUGUUCUGAAUGAUAGGAUGAUCAGUGCAAGAGCUUCAUCGUGGAGUAAAGAUCAUUCAGUUGCAUCCCAGAGCAAGAGUGAGUUUCAACAUGCUCAAGCGCAUGCCGUCUGUCCUGAAGAAAGUCAAAUCGGUAAAGUGAAUGACUAUUGCUUUGUGAGAGGAGAAAGGGCGAACUCAAAUGAAGAUUCCGGUUCAACUGAAAUCUCGAGACAAGUACGGGCAGAUAUCAUUCACAGCAUCGUCAACUACGACAAGACCGAAGAAGGGGACGCUCUCGCACGGAACAGAUGGACCGAGGACUCGGAGGAUGAGAGCUGUGAUAGUGACGCUGAUGAACUUUGUGACUGCGAGUACUGCAUACCGCCAAAUACACAGGUACCAACGAAAGCACUGCUACCACAACUGAAAUCCCAUGAUACAGGGAAGAUCUGUGUGGUCAUUGACUUGGACGAAACCUUAGUACACAGCUCUUUCACGCCAGUGAACAAUGCUGAUUUCGUCACUCCAGUGGACAUUGAUGGAACAAUUCACCAGGUUUAUGUAUCAAAGAGACCCCACGUAGAUGAAUUCCUCAGGCGAAUGGGAGAGAUGUUUGAAUGUGUUUUAUUCACCGCAAGCCUCUCAAAGUAUGCAGAUCCUGUGUCAGAUGUCUUGGACAAAUGGGGAGCUUUCCGAAGCCGUCUCUUCAGGGAGGCAUGCGUCUUCCACAAAGGGAAUUAUGUCAAAGAUUUGAGCCAUUUAGGGAGAGAUCUCAAUAAAGUCAUCAUCAUCGAUAACUCCCCAGCCUCCUAUAUCUUCCACCCAGACAAUGCGGUUCCUGUCGAAUCCUGGUUUGAUGACACAUCAGAUAGCGAGCUCCUCGAUCUGAUCCCCUUUUUCGAAAGGCUAAGCAACGUGGACGACGUCUACGAUGUGCUCAAGGAGCAGAGAUCUCUUGGAUGAAAGGAAUCGCCAACAUCAGAUUGUUGCCUUCAACUUUCUCACAAGCCGCAUGUUUGCAGAGCAACUUGGAAUUUGUUUGAAACAAGGACCCAAAAAGCACAAGUCAAGAGCUGACGUUUGUCCUUUUGCGUUGGGGCCAAGUGGGGGGCAGUGACCCACCAGUUCCAACAGAAUGGGGGGGGGAAAAAACGGAAAUGUGUGCGGCUCCGUAGCUGUGUCAUUUGAAAUGGGGUGUGCUGCAAGACGUUAUUGCAAGACAAUGACUCUAUGCUAACACAUGCUUUGGAGAGCAAUUUGCAGUGAAGCUAAUAAUUGCAGUACAAUUUAUUUUUGUGAUUAGAAAUGUUUGUACAAUUUUAUAAUGCCUUCAAAGUUCAACACCAUAAAACAGAUUAUUCUGGACCUUCUCUGGACAUAUAAACAGCUAAAUAACUGACUGUUAUUUUUAACAGAAUUACAGAUAGGAAUUUACCCAUGGAAGAAUGGCGAAACGACUUUGUACUUACUUUACAGUAUAUAUUAUGUAAAAUGUUUUCACUGUUGUUAAUUUUUAAUGUUGUGUCUGGGAAAAUAAUCAUGUGUGAUGUUCAAGUGUCCAGGAGGAAGCUGGCCUUUACUGAUUGUGAUACUCGUGUAUGAAAUAACUGUGUGAUUUUUUUUUUUAAAUCAGGCUGUGAAUACCUUCAUAAAAAGACUUUACAUGAAGAAAUCCUUUCUUGCAAUCAUUUUGAAAUUAUGAUCAAAUAAAAAAACAGCUUCA